AUGGCUUCUUCCUCAAAUAACCCAGAUGGUGGUCCUAGUGAGAGAGAUUUUGAGCAAUACUUUGAACAAUUUUUUGAGCAAAAGUUUGAACAAUACUAUGAGCAAACUUAUGAAAAUUUGUUCAGUCAAUAUGGAGAACAGCAAGAGCCAAAGAAAUCAAAGAAAAAAAGAGCAUACGUUGAAAGAGAUCGUGUAGAAGGGGAUAAUCGUUUAUGGAACGAUUAUUUCAGCGACGCACCCACAUAUCCUGCAAAUUUAUUCAGACGACGUUUCCGGAUGAAUAAGUCUUUGUUUUUGCAUAUCGUCGGAAAACUUUCCGGUGAAAUUCGUUUCUUUCAACAGAAGAAUGAUGAUCUAGGAAGACAUGGGCUGUCUGCUUUACAAAAAUGUACGGCAGCUAUUCGUCUAUUGGCAUAUGGCUGUGCCGCUGAUUCAGAAGACGAGUACCUCAGGCUCGGUGAAACGACGGCUCGUUCAUGUUUGGAAAAUUUUGUUGAAGCAAUAAUCAAUUUGUUCGGGGAUGAGUACCUACGGAGACCCACACAGGAGGAUCUUCAACGCUUACUUUAUGUUGCAGAAGACCAUAGAUUUCCUGGAAUGAUAGGAAGCAUCGACUAUAUGCAUUGGGAAUGGAAGAAAUGUCCAACCGGUUGGAAAGGGCAAUACACACGUGGUUCAGGAAAACCAACGAUCGUUUUAGAGGCCGUUGCUUCAUAUGAUCUCUGGAUUUGGCACCCUUUUUUUGGACCUCCAGGAAAGGCACCACAAGUAAACUUUUGGGUCAAUGGACGGCAAUAUAACCUCGCAUACUAUCUCACCGAUGGUAUCUAUCCAAAAUGGGCAACAUUCAUCCAAUCAAUUCCAGUUCCCCAGGGAAUCAAAGCAUCUGUAUUUGCGGAGCGUCAAGAGGGUGCCCGAAAGGAUGUUGAGCGUGCUUUUGGAUUGAAGACGAACGAGAGGCUCGCACUCAGUAUAAUGCGGAAGAAGAAUUUGGCAUAG